GUUAGAACCUAUAAAAUGGUGGAAAAACACAGGUGUAUUUGUAUUGUCAUCUUUCAAUCAUAUUUCAAGACAAUAACAGAUGUAUUGAAUAUUAUGCUCUGCUACUUAUCUGGGUUAGAAGGAGUCAGAGGAAACAAAUGGCCAACCAAUCCACUGUGACAGAAUUCCUUCUGAUGGGAUUUUCUGAUGAUCAUGAUAUGCAAAUUCUGUAUUUUGCAAUAUUCCUUGUCAUUUACUUAUUAACCUUAAUUGGAAAUUUCCUUCUUGGUGUUGCUGUGAUCCUAAACAAUAACCUUCAUGCUCCCAUAUAUUUCUUUUUGAUGAAUUUGUCAUUCUGUGAUGUUUGUUUCAUUUCAACUAUGAUCCCUAAAGCCAUGGCUACUUCUUUGACAAAUAACAGGGAGAUCUCCUAUGUUGGAUGUGCUGCUCAGGUCUUCUCAGUUAUUACUCUUGCAGGUACUGAGCUUGCCUUGCUGACUGUCAUGGCUUAUGACCGCUAUGUGGCCAUUUGUCACCCUCUGCAAUAUACACUAAUAAUGAAUCGGGAUGCCUGUUUACAAAUGGCAGCUGCUUCCUGGAUAAGUACCUUGAUUGAUGCUUUGCUGCACACCACUCUCACUUUCAGAUUAAAUUUCUGCAAAUCCAAUAUAAUUGAGCAAUUUUUUUGUGAUGUUCCUCAUCUACUAAUUAUUUCUUGUACUGAUACAAGAAUUAAUCAGAUUCUAAUUUUCGUUCAAGCACUUACUAUAGACACAUUUUGUACUGGGCUUGUUUUUAUUUCCUAUGGCUACAUCUUCUGUGUUGUUCUAAAAGUCCCUUCAGUUCAAGGCAGAUAUAAAGCUUUCUCCACAUGUAUUCCCCAUAUGAUUGUCUUUUCUUUAUUUUUUAUCUCUGUUCUGUUUGCAUAUAUGAGGCCCCAAAGUGUUUCCUCCCACACUUUGGACUUGCUCUCAGCUGUUCUCUAUACAUGUUUGCCCCCACUCCUCAAUCCCCUCGUUUAUAGCUUCAGGAACAAGGACAUCCAAAAAGCUAUGUGGAAAAUGCUUAAGAAGUAAAAAGAGAAAAAAACAGAUGUGGAUAAUUGCAUUCAUUGUUCAAAAUCUCUCUUUAGCCAAAUAUUAUACUCUGCUACUUAUCUUGGUUAUGUAAAUAACAGCUUAAACAACAUGGGUUUACAUCAUGUGAUAGAUUCUUGGUACUGGGGAGAAUUAAAAACUAUCCCAAUCUAACUUUAACUUAGAUGCUUAUUCUUUCCAAUGACAACUCGUUAUUCUUCUUCCCGUAGAUUGUAUCUAUUUUUUCAGAACUCAGUUAUGUGGUUAUUUUAAAAAAACUAAAAACUAAGAAAAAAACUAAAACAAGUUGUUAUUCUUUUCUUUUCUAGGAGCUAAAAGUCCUACCCAAAGUAAAUUUGAAACAUUUACAUAACUAUAAAAAUCCUAGCUGAAUUCAUUCAGCAAUCUUUGAAAGCUUUCAAUCAUGGCCAUGAUAACAAUGACUUUGCUCCACUGAUGCUGUUUUGCUCAUAUUUGUCCUUUGGAGAAAGUUGUAACAGAAUAAAUCAACUUUAAAAGACAGAUUUUCUUUUUAAAAUGCUACAAAAUUACUUUUUUAAAAAAUCUUUUCUUUAUGUAUUUUCUUGAUAAUUUUUAAUGUAAUUUCUUUCACUUCUAAUGGAGACCUAGCAGUCACAGACUUUUGAUUUCUAGCCCACCAUCUUCACUACAAGAACACACUGGCUCUCUUUACAGGGAAAAUCGAUCAUUAACAAGUCCAUUCAAUCUUAAAGGAUGAUUUGCUUUCCACUUGUAGCUUUGAUCUUGUCAUUCAUAUAUAUGUCCAAUAUAAUAACAUGUCCAAUAUAAGAAAAGAUUUAUUUCAUUCCGAUACAGUGCUCUAUAAUACAAUGUGUAUGAGGCAUUCCUAUUAAACAAAAGUUUAACUCUUUGGUCAGGACUGGGAUCCUCUUCCUUAGGUAUAUUGAUCCUAGAUAAUAUUUUAACCAAUUUUAAUCAGAAUAGAACUGGAAGAGACCUUGAAAAAAUGCAUAACAAUUUAUCAUUACCAAGUAUUAUAUAACUUUCAUAUAUUUCUCAGUAUAUGAAGACAAUAAGAUGCAAUUGUCAAAAUUUUCAUUAUGUAAUUGUGGGAAUUAGGGAAAAAGUGCAUCAAUCUAUAUUUUAUGUCAUUCUAUUGAAAACCCAUGAAAUGCUGAUGCUUUUUUAUUAAUUGUAAUCAAAAUUCCUUUUUUGUCUCUUCUGUAUCCAAAGGAGCAUCAUUAAACAUUAAAUGAAAUGAAA